AUGAAACUAAGGGUGACAUACCGUCUCAACGCUCAUUUGGGAGGUGGAACUCAGGAGUGCUGGAUCUAUUCUCUGUCUCCAGAAGUCUCCGACUGCUCUGGGAGAAUGGGAGUCAUAACACCAGGGGAGAAUGGGAUGUCUGGACCAGGCCUGCUACAUCCUAAAAAGACGGAGGGGGCAACAGAGAGAGGUGAUGCCGUUACCAUAAAAUGAUAGCACAUUUUAUCCAAAGAAAAAAGCUCAGAUCAAGUCCAAGUCUGGAUUAUUGCCUGUUUGAUGUCUAAAACACACAAUGCUGUAUUUUUUUGUGUGAAAUAUGUCUAUAGUGACAUUACUGUGUGUGGCUGAACUAUUCCCCCUACCCCUCUCAGAUUGGUGGUUUACACAGUACAGACAGUUAUCACAUUACCUGGCCCUGCUCUGUUUUCUACUGACCAUGGCCACACUCCUACAGACCUUUUACUGUGAGUUUUAUUAGGUCAUCAUUUUUUAUUAAAUAGAUUCAAGGGUCAGAAAUAGGAGUCAACUGAUUGACAUUGUUAUGGAAGGUCAAGACUUGAGGUUUUAACCCUAACUUGACCUUUUAAUUAUAAUUGGCUCUCAAUGCUACCUCAUCCUCACAUUGCACUUUCACUGUUUUGUAUCCAUGCAAUGGGGUCGCGGGGGGGCCAUGAUGCAGUGGUGCAGAUCACCUUGGUCUUCCAAUCCCAGUCCACCUUGCAGGAGGUCAGACUCAAAGACCUGACUCAGAAGCUGAACACCCUGAACCACUCCUACCUCCUCCUCUUCCACAAGUACCCAGCACUCAACCAGUACUGUCCCGUCACCAAUAGCAACACCAAUGGUGAGCACACAUUCAUGUUGAUCAAACUCUUGCUAUGAUGCCAUUAAUUAUGAAGAGGUUUGUGUGAGUUUGCAUAAUCAUGUGAGCUCUGCAAGGCCUAAUAUAACAUGAGUGCUUUUAGCUGGGACGUGGAGGAUGGCCUAUUGGAAAAAAUACUCUAAUCCAAUAAUCUGUUCAAUAUAUGGACAGGCAGAGAAAAGAUGAUGAAGGAUCACCAGGAUCAACUUAAAAUUCCAAAAUGGCUGAUAAUGACAAGAUGAGUGAAAAUGGGGUACUAUCACACUAGGCCUAGGCUCUAGGCCUGGUAUCAUAAUAAGAGCAUUGCUUUAGCUAUUAUCAGAUCAUAUUGUAACACAAUAUAUAAUCACCACUUUAUGGUUUUAAGAGUAUUUUUUAUUGAUAUAUUUAGGAUAUAUUUUUAUUUAUACAGGUGAUCCUAUAGAGAUUGAAAAACCUAUUUUACAUGGGGGACCUGUUUCACCCCUGUUUCACCCCUGUUCACCUUUACCCCCAUAACAUUGACUAACCUCUGGCGUAACCUUCCACCUGUUUCACAGAGCGUGUGUGCAUGCCGUGCCCAGAGGGAUGGGAGUCUUUUGGGGAGAGAUGCUACCUAUACACAUAUGACAGACGGGACUGGAUUUCCAGCCAGUACCACUGUCUGUCUGUAGGGGGCAACCUUGCCAUGGUGAAGAGUGAGGAGGAGCAGGUGCGACAGCCAUGAACAACAUCACCCAAUGAUACUGAUACACAUUAAGGUUUCUUUGGAGGAAUGUAUUGUAGCCUAUUUCUCAAUUCUCAAAUGUGGAUCUCAUUUGAAUCAAGAGAUGAUUUAGAACCUGAAUCAUGACAAAUCAAAAUCCUCACAAAAACCCAGAGCUUUGGAGGUAAAUGGAGAACUGAGAUUUACUGAGAAUUACCUGGAACUAUUGCCAAUAUAUAGGCUGCUCUAUCACUCAAAGCUGUGGUAUCCCUUUAUACAGUAGGCCUAAUACAGACACAAACAUAAUCUAAGGUCAGUCAUUCAUGUUUAGGCACAUUGCAUUCACUGUGCAAUGGAGUACAUUUGACCCCCUCAGUUAAAGUUAAUUAUAGAUUUAGGAGUUCUACGAAAGUGUAGGGCCAUGUCUAUUUGAGGCAUCCAUCUGAGUGUUGCAUUUUUCUCAGAUCUUCCUGUGGAAGAGAGCCAAGGAGUUGAGCCAGGGAGACUCCUACUGGAUCGGCUUAAGGAAUGGUAACCCAGGCGGGGCCUGGCACUGGGUGGACGACUCCCCGGUGGAGAAGGGGUAACUUAGAAUCUUAACUUAGUUAUGGAAGAUUUGCCUCUGAGGAUAGUCUUGAGCUAAAAAAGGUCCCGUAAAUGGAUAGAAAUAUUGUCCAGAAAUUACCUGAGUUUGGAUCUCAAUUCUAUCAUUUGACGUGGAGUCCUGUAUCGAGACUCGAGACUGCAUUACGCAAAUCACAGUACCAUAUGAGGAUACUUACUGUAUGAGGUCUCAUUGAAGAGAUAUUGGCAUAGUUAAGCGCAUUACGAGAUAAUAUUUAUUGCCAUACGUCCAUUUUAUAUGAUGAAACUAUAUGUAUGAUGUAUUACUUAUGUAUUACUCUGCAUUGAUGGUUAUUUCAUGAAGUAACCAAAUGUAUUUAAAGUACAUGGUCAUUUUGUUAAAAAAAAGUCUAACUGAUGGAGACUGUGUUACCUCUACAGGUUUUGGGACAUAUUUUGGGAUCACGAGCCAGAGAAGGGGGACACCAGGGAGCUGUGUGCCCGGCUGUCACCAGGAGACAGCCACAGGGCCGGUUGGUACGCCACCAUGUGCAAGAACAGCCUGAAGAGCAUCUGUGAGAGGACCCAGGGCACCCUGCAGUGA